AUGUACUUUCACCAUCUGCAGUGACGGAAAACGAAGACGUAAUGGAGUGAACCGUGGUGUUCGUGUAAUGGGUUAUCCUCUUCAUAUAUUUUGGUGAAUUCCGCGACCGGGAGUUGCCAUGAAGGCCGGGGCCUCCUCUGUGUGGGCGUCAUGCUGUGGCCUGCUGAACGAGGUGAUGGGUGCCGGGGCGGUCCAUGGCCAGCAGCCAGGCUUCGGGGCUGGGGCGGGACCCUUCCGCUUCGCCCCCAGUGCUGCAUACUCCAACUACCCGCCCGCUGCCUCAGGACCACUGGGACCCACCUGCAUGGCCUGUGGCCUGGAAUUCUCUGUCUUCAGGAGGAAGCACAUCUGCAGUGGCUGCAAGAAGAGCUUCUGUUCCCUGUGCUCUGCACUGCAGGAGAACCUGCGCAGGUGUGCCACCUGCCACUUGCUGCGUGGCACUGCCUUCCAGCGGCCGCAGCUCAUGCAGCUGCGUGUCAAGGACCUGCGGCAGUACCUGCUGCUGCAUGAGGUCCCCACCGACACCUGCCGUGAGAAGGAGGACCUGGUCGACCUGGUGCUCUGCCACCAGAGGGCACUGUGUGGUGAGGAGGAUGAGGAAGAGGAUGAGGAUGAGGAAGAGGAUGAGGAUGAGGAUGAGGAUGAUGAUGAGGAUGAAGAAGAUGAUGAUGAUGAUGAUGAUGAUGAUGAUGAUGAUGCCAACACCAGCAGCUCACACUUACAAGCCUUCCAUGUCCCGUCUCCACGCACCUUUGAAACAUCGGCGAGCUCCGCCCCUCAGGGAGACCCACUCAGCGGGAAUGACAGCUCAGGGACCAAUCAGCAGGGUAACAGUACCUCGCUCUCCCUCAUCAACGUGGGACCAGGUGGCAGGGAGAGACAGCCCCAACAGGCUAGCCCCCUGGGCCGCAAGCGGCCACAUGCUUCUCUUUCGGACCUCUCCGGUGAGCAGGACAUUGAGGGCCUGACGGUCCGGCAGCUCAAAGAGAUCCUGGCCUGCAACUUCGUCAGCUACUCUGGCUGCUGCGAGAAGUGGGAGCUGGUGGAGCGCGUGGGCCGGCUGUACCGCGAGGUUGAGCACAACAGGAAGUCCAUGGAGAAUGUCAGUGAUGGCAUGAGUGCAGUGGUAGCAUAUCCCUCCUCUCUCUGCACUACUGGAAUCGUAGGUGGGACCAGACCACAGCUGGCCAGCCAGGAUGACAGCCUGUGCCGCAUCUGCAUGGACGCUGUGAUCGACUGCGUGCUGCUGGAGUGUGGUCACAUGGUCACCUGCACCAAAUGCGGCAAGCGUAUGAGCGAGUGCCCCAUCUGCAGGCAGUACGUGGUGCGUGCUGUACAUGUCUUCAAGGCCUAGCUGCACCCCCACUCCCCCUUGCUGGCAUCUUGCCAGCCUCCUGAUAGCUUUCACUUCUGUUUACUGUGGACAGUCGUGGCUCCAUGUUGGCAAACAGGCCCCAUCUCCCUGUUUUUUUUUUUAAAUCCAGCUUCCUCUUCCUCCUUCUCCAACAGCAGCGGUGUGACUCGGUCUGCUUUAAAUUUCUCAAUUCUUGCUCCAGACCCAGGUGUGGAAAACAGGAGCGGUAAUGGAGUAGGUCACAACUCCCGUAACGGGCAGGAGCUGAUGUGGGAUCUCAUGCCUCGAGCCCAUUGUGGGAGAGUCUGCCAUGACUUUUAGUCUUGGUUUAGUCUCAGUGUUCAUAAAUGUGGGCGUGAUUUAUUUUUUUAUUUAUGUAUUUUUAUUUAAAGAGAUGGCACCGCGCUGCACUUCUGAGCUCAGCGUUUUUACAUCAGAAUGUAAAGAUAUUUAAAUGUACAUGUAGAUCUGUCCUUCAGUAUCUCAUCACAUGAGCUGCUGCACUUAGUGACCGAAGACCAGCUACUGUUCAGAGGCUGGGGUGUGACCUCUGUGCCAAACUACGGAUGUGUGUGCAUGUAUGCCAGGCGUGUAAGCGUGCGCCUUUCUGGAAUGAUACACUGUACAGGUCUAACGCUCUCCUGUUGAGGAGCAGAGGCCCGAAAGAGGAAUCUAAACCAAAUAUGACCAACAUGCGUGAACAGUUGGGUCAUGGUUCCACUGCACUGUUGUCCCAACAUGUUAGACGGGCUGGUUAUGAGAGUGUAGUGCUCUCAUGGUGGGUGGACUGGCUGAUCAGUUACUCGCGGUGAGAGAAGCGAAAGAGGGGCUUCAUCUUGAUGUUGGGGAAAACCCCAGUGAUUCAGGUUCCACCCUCAACUUGGAUGUAUUUUUUUGUGUUUAGAACAAAGCUUCUCACCCUGGUGAAGUGGUCAAUAGCAAUUAAAUGGGGAACUUUGUGUCCUGGGACUCAAAUAAGGUCCAGUCUACCCUGUUGGGCAAUAGUAGGAGAAAUGAGAUUUCAGAAGCUAUGGUGAGUGGGAUUAUUUUGCUCUGUCAGUCAGUACCUGGUUUAAGCCAAUGGGAAGCAGGAUCGACCUGUGAUUGAUUGACAGCACAACAAUUCCACCCACAUGUGGGCUUCGAAAGCUGAAUAUUCCUCAGCAAAUAUAUUAGAUGCCAGGCAGAAAGUGAUAGUGACAGCCAUGCCGUACUGUUAUUCAGUUGUAGCAAUAGCAUAGUUCUCUUGUGCUUUUCCACCAGCCUCAUUGUUUGUUUAAAGGAAGUAUGGAAGAGAGAGAACAGGUGCUAAAUAUAGAUUUUUCUGCCUCCUGGUGCAAGGUAUUUUGUGACUGUGCAUUUGUUUUGAUAUUAGCGGAAAUGUUUAUAUGGCUUUUCCUUUGAAAUUGUUCAAUUCCCAGAGUUCUCAAGUGUUUUGUUCAAGCAUGUAAAAAAUAGAGUUUAUUUUUGGAGUCGAGAGAACCUUCAGAUGUAUUAUAUUUGCAGUAGAUAUGUUUAGUUUUCUUUUAAAUCUUUGAUGAACUAAUCAGAGCUCUAAGUUUGAUCAUGCAUAGAAUUUGCAUAAUUAUAUAAAGUAUAUUGCUGUAAAAUUGCAUAUCAUGAUGCGUAUCAUUAGAGAUGUACACUAUGUAUAUUUUUUCCCAUUUAAUAAGAAUGUCCAGAACCUAUUUUGAGUGUUAUUCUGAUUAGCCUGCCAUUGAGUUAAACUAUACUGCUCAGUGGUUGGAGAAUAUUGUGGAUUUGAUCUGGUGUCUCUCACUAGACAUCAGAGCUUUCAUCAGUCUUCAAAAGUUCACACUGCUUGUCUUAACCGAAGUUUAGAUUGUCACAGUUUCCUUCUUUUUUACCCCUUAAUUUGAAACGAACAUCCAACAGUUACACAUGGAGAACUAUAGAAAGCACUGUGUACUUAUGUCUGUAUAUAGAAUACUAGACAACUGAUGCUGCUAUCUUCUCAAAGAUGUCACUCACAGGCAACUAGUCACAGAGCGCGUGUCAGGGCUCAGGACCGGCCCGCCUCCCCACCAAUCCCACUGAAGGGUGUACUUUGAGCAAACAGUGGCGUGAAGAUCUGGUCUUUGUAUUUUGGAAUGUUGACCUUUUUAUUUUGGUAAUUUUAAAAAUAAAAAAAGACUUUAAUAAAUAUACAGUAACUUCA